CGCGUGGAUGGGCGGGGUCUCAGAGGCUGCUUCUCCAGGCCUCACGAAUGGGCGGAGAUGAGGCUGUUGUGGGAUACAAAAAAAAAAAAAAAAAAAAAAAAGAAGAGAGAAGGAUAUUAUUUGUCUUUUUAUUUUAGUUGUUGUUGGUGUUUUUACUAAAAUAGAAAAUAACACACGAGUUAUCCAAGCCUGAAGACGACGGGUGAUUUUUUUUUUUUUUUCCCUUCCUUUUCCCCCCCUUUUCCCCUAAAAUUGUCGGGGGGAAAAAAAUCGAUCGCGUGUUGAAGAAAUUAUUGAUAUGUAAAAAAAGGAAAAAAAAAAAGUGAAGAAUUAAUAUUUCCACUAUAUUUUACUAUUUAGAUUUCGGGUUUAAACGUCUUACAAGGCUUAAAAUAAGAAAGUGACGAGGAAGUUCUUAAAUUAGCUUGACUCUCGAAAGCGUGUUGGAGAAGUGUGGGGAAAUUCGUCGCUUUUUUCGGGGAGUAAAAGAAUCGCGUUUUCUAUGCAAGACAGACAGACAGACAGACAGACAGACUCCUAUCAAGCGUGUAGAUGGACAAGGAUAUAGUGUCAAAUAACAACGGAAGUUCCCGCCGGUGAGAGAACUAAAUCGUCUGUUCAACUUUGAGCCGGGAGAACUUUUGAAACUUUGAGAGAAAGUUUUUGUUUUAGCGUUUGUAUAGAGCAACAGAGGUCAACAUGGAUGAUCCAUAUCAUUUAGAAACCAUGUAUAGGUGGUUUCAGUACAGUGUGAAAAAAGCGCCUCCUCACAUUAUAAGUCGGACUGAAGAGAGGAAAUGGAAUAUCGAGUACGUAGAACCUUACGGCAGGUGCACGAUCGCCACCAGGGACAUCGCGGAGGGGGAGGUGCUCUUCGUGGACCACCCUGUCAUCACGGGACCCAAACAGAACUCCGAGCUCAUGUGCCUCGGCUGCUACAGGCAACUGGAGAGCUGGGAUGGUUACCAGUGUACCAAGUGCGGGUGGCCGAUGUGCGGUCCCGAGUGUGAGAGCCGCGGUUAUCACCUCCUGGAAUGCACCGCUUACCAGGCCGCGAAGUACAAGCCGGAACUGAAGGAUUUUGGUGACGAUCAGUUCAUGUACGAGUCUAUGCUGCCUCUGAGGUGCUUCUUCCUCCAAAAUUUCGAGAAGGACAAAUGGGAAACGUUGAUGGCGAUGGAGAGUCACAACGACCUCAGACGCGGCACCGAACUCUGGGAUAGGGAACAGACCAACGUCGUCGACUUCAUUCGCAACAAGAUCAAGGUGGACGUGGACGAGGAGACCCUGCACACCAUCACGGGCAUCCUGGACGUCAAUUGCCAUGAAGUCAGAAGCAAUAUACCCGGCACCAAGGACCAGUACCGAGUGCGGGGCAUCUACCCUCUGUGCGCGAUGAUGUCUCAUUUCUGCUCGUGCAAUACCCACCACACGCUCAUGGAUGAUAUGACGAUGGUCGUGAUCGCGUCGAGGCCUAUCAAGAAGGGAGAACAGAUGACAGCCUCCUACACGCACCUCCUCUCCGCCACGACCGAGCGGCGGAAGCACCUGAAGUACGGCAAGUUCUUCGACUGCGUGUGUGACCGCUGUGCCGACGCGACGGAGCUCGGCACUUACUUCGGCGCUCUCAAGUGCUCUCAGGCUGGAUGCGGCGGGAAUAUCCUGUCCUCUAAUCCGACGCAGGUGGAUAAUGACGCCCCCUGGAGGUGUGACGAGUGCCAGUACGAGGUAAAAGCCGUAACGGUGGAGCGCCUCAACAAGGUCGUGGCGUACGAGCUUCAGGAAACGAGGGACGAGAACAUACCCGCCCUCGAGAACAUCUUCAGGAAGUACCAGUUUAUCUUACACCCUCAGCACUUUCACAUGGUUGGGAUCAAGCACACGCUUUCACAGGUCAUCGGGCGAGUGGACGGCUACCUGCUUCCGGAAUUAACAGAGGCUCAGUUGGGCCGGAAGAUCGCCUGCUGCCGCGACCUGCUCAAAGUCCUCGAUGUGCUGGACCCGGGCAUCUCGCGACUCAGGGGCCUGACCUUAUACGAGCUCCACGCGCCCCUCCUGAUCGCAGCCAACCGGGCCUUUCAGGAGACCACCCUCAGGAAGACGCAGUUCCUCGAGAAGUUGCACGAGGCUGAGGGGUACCUGGAGAGGACGGUGUAUUGCCUGCAGUUCGAGCCCAAUUCGUCGGUGGAGGGGCAGAUCUGCAAGAUCGCCCGAGGUUCCCUGGCAGAGCUCAAGACGUGGAUCGCGACCGUGAAGGAACUGCCUGUCUCCCAUUUCCUGCCCGAGGAAGAGGAAGAAACGAAGCCACAGUACAGCGAGGAGGACCUGACACUCGAGACGCUGCUGAAGAAACUCGAGGAACAGUGAAGGUGGAGGAGGAGAUUUUCCCAAGAAGCAAGAAGCUUAUGAAAGACAUUUGACUGGACGGAUGAAUAAAUGAAUAGAGUUAGAUAAAUAAAUAGAUAACUAGGUAGAUAUAUAGAUGAAUAAAUAGAUAAAUGUAUAGAUAAAUAAAUGAUGAAUAAAGAAAUACAUUAGUUAAUUAGAAAUAAAAGAAAAGGAAGAAGGAACUGCACA